UGUACACAUUAUACAAUUAAUAAUUGAAUUACAAUUAUGCCAAAUACAUAGAAAUAUAAUUUUUUUUAAAGUAUAAGUUUUAAUUAUUAUCAUAAUAUUCUAGAACAACUUAAAUUCACCAACUAUUAUUGGUCACCACAUAAAAAUAUUCCACUCGCCAGAACCACAACCAAAGUGAUAAUCGUACAUUUGUUCCUAUAUAUAGCACUAUGAAAGAAGAACCGACUAGAGAUGGUGGUAUCAGGUGGAUGUCAUGGGUAAUUGGCGGUAGCAAGAACGUUCAACGAAAUGACGAUACUAUACCUGGGAAGCAUCGUUUGUGGCAGCUGAUUCAAAUGAGAAGAAUACACGGGAGUAAAGUUGGCGGUACAGGCCGUAUGUUGUCGUCAAGUGAAAAACUUUGCCUCACACCACUUAUUUUUCGUCAGAGUUCUACCGUUGACGGGGACGUAUGUUUGUUGACGGAUAGCCCUUACAGAAUUUUGAGAGCCGCCGAAAGUGGUAAUUUAGAUGAUUUCAACCGUCUUUUUAUAGCAGAACCAGCUCGUCUCGAAGUGAGAGAUUCGAAAGGUCGAGCAGCCGUACAUCAAGCAGCUGCCAGAAAUAAAUUAAAUAUUUUGAAAUUUAUUCGUAACCACGGCGGAGAUUUGAACUUAAAAGAUUCUUGUGGAAACACUCCAUUGCACAUAGCAAUCGAACACAAUUCUCUGGAUGCAGUGGAAUAUUUGCUUCAAAAUGGUGCUGACCCGAGUGCAUUGAACGACAAAAAGCAAGCGGCUUUACAUUUGGCGGUCGAGCUAAACCGCGUAGCCGUUCUUCAAGUAAUGUGCAAAUUCAAAGAUCGGAUCGAAAUCGGCCAAGGUGGCAAACAUGGUAGGACAGCACUUCACUUGGCUGCCAUACACGAUAAUGAUGAAUGUGCACGUAUAUUGGUCACAAGUUUCGCAGAUUCAAAAUUUAUAUUUACCGUUGACGAAGAUACUAUACCAAAUCGAAAGUCAUAUAGUUUCAGUUUCUUAUGUUCAAUAUUCAAAAUGUGUUUGACGUGGAAAUUAACUAAAUAUUUUAAGAAACGGUGCAAUAUUUGUCCGAUAAAGAUGCGAGACCUGGGUGCAGAUAAUAGACAACCCUGCCACAAUGGAUAUUACCCAAUUCACGAAGCAGCAAAGAAUGCAGCGUCCAGAACGAUGGAAGUACUUUUGCAAUGGGCUGAGAGCAGAGGCAAUUCAAGACAUCAAAUGAUAUCGUUUUUCGACGCCGAGGGAAACGUGCCGCUUCAUUCUGCAGUACACAGCGGUGAUUUUAAGGCUGUGGAAUUAUGUUUGAAGUCUGGAGCUAAAAUUUCAACGCAACAAUAUGAUUUGUCCACUCCAGUUCAUUUGGCCUGUGCUCAAGGAGCCAUUGACAUAGUCAGAUUAAUGUUUGGGUUACAGCCUGAUGAAAAGGCCCAGUGCUUAUGUUCUUGUGAUGUGCAGAAAAUGACGCCACUUCAUUGUGCUGCCAUGUUUGACCGAUCUGAAAUCGUACAAUACCUCAUAGAAGAGGGAGCGGACAUAAACGCUUUGGACAAAGAAAGUAGAUCCCCAUUGUUGUUAGCUGCCAGCAGGUCGGGUUGGAGGACAGUUGCAAGUUUAAUUCGAUUGGGCGCUGACAUUCAAGUUAAGGAUUCCAGUAAAAGGAAUGUCUUACAUUUAGUAGUUAUGUAUGGAGGAAGACUUGACGAAUUCGCUCACGAAAUCACUAUGGCUAACCAUCAAGGAGCUUUAGAAAUGUUAUUAAACGAAAAAGAUAAUACUGGAUGUUCACCUUUGCAUUACGCAAGUAGAGGUGGUCAUAUACGAAGUUUGGAAAGCUUAAUUCGGUUAGGUGCAUGUGUGAAUAUAAAAAAUUAUAACGGUGAGAGCCCUUUACAUUUUGGGGCUAGAUAUGGAAGAUAUAAUAUUGUGAAAAGAUUAUUGAACUCGGAAAAAGGGGCUUUUAUUAUAAAUGAAUCGGACGGUGAAGGACUUACACCUUUACAUAUAGCAUCUCAACAAGGUCAUACAAAAGUAGUGCAAUUAUUCUUGAACAGAGGAGCCUUACUUCAUCGCGAUCACAAAGGUCGUAAUCCCCUUCAUUUGGCUGCUAUGAGUGGUCAUACACAAACAAUAGAACUAUUACAUUCCGUGCACUCACAUCUACUAGAUCAAUGCGAUAAGGAUAAAAAUACGGCUUUGCAUUUAGCUACUAUGGAGAAUAAACCGAAUGCUAUAACAUUGUUAUUGUAUAUGAACUGUAAAUUAUUAUUCAACUCCUUAGAUUUGAGUGCAAUUGAUUACGCAAUUUACUAUAAGUUUCCCGAAGCUGCAUUAUCGAUGGUUACUCACGAUUCACGAGCUGAAGAAAUAAUGACAUUGAAAUCAGACAGGCAUCCUUGCGUUACAUUGGCGUUAAUAGCGUCUAUGCCACGCGUUUUUGAAGCGGUACAAGACAAAUGCAUUACAAAAGCAAAUUGUAAAAAAGAUUCCAAACAAUUUUAUAUAAAGUAUUCGUUUUCAUGUCUUCAAUGUCCAGUGGUUCAAAAAAAUGGAACGACUGGUACAUUAAAACCCACUCCAUUGCCUGCUUUGAACGCAAUGGUUAAUCAUGGUAGAGUUGAACUCUUAGCACAUCCAUUAAGUCAAAAGUACUUACAAAUGAAAUGGAAUACCUAUGGAAAAUAUUUUCACCUUGCACAUUUAUUGUUCUACACGAUAUUUUUGAUAUUUGUAACUUUAUUUUCAUCUCAAUUAAUGGUCUACAACCAAAAUACCUUUAAUGAAACGAGUAAUGCUCUAUUAACUGUCGAUACCACGCCAAAUGUAGCUACACUGAAGACAGUAGCAGUUAUGAUUGUAAUUUAUGUAUUGAUGAACAGUGUACGAGAAGGGAUUCAAUUUUAUCAGCAGGGUUGGCCUUACCUAUUGGAUCCCACCAACGUUGUGGCGAUAUUGUUAUACUUUUCAGCUAUAGCCAUGAUUGCACCGAUAUUAACGAAUUGUUUUUCGGAGUAUCAAAUAUCUUUUGCCAGCAUAACUGUAUUCCUUAGCUGGUUUACAUUACUUCUUAACCUACAGAGAUUCGAUCAGGUAGGAAUAUACGUUGUUAUGUUUCUCGAAAUCUUACAAACCUUGAUCAAAGUACUGCUCUUAUUUUCUAUAUUAAUUGCUGCUUUCGGUUUAGCGUUUUACAUAUUAUUAUCAAGGGGUAAUCAUUUAUCAUUCAGUACGAUACCAAUGUCAUUAUUACGGACUUUCGCAAUGAUGUUGGGUGAAAUAGAUUUACUCGGAACUUACAUACAACCUUUGUACGCUGAAGAUGACGAAGAAAAUGGCCAGGCCAGAACUAUACCAUAUCCAGUGCCUGUGUUUUUGAUGCUUGGCGUAUUUAUGGUUCUCAUGCCUAUUCUUCUAAUGAAUCUACUCAUUGGUUUGGCUGUUGGCGAUAUAGAAUCUGUCAGACGAAAUGCACAGCUUAAAAGACUGGCGAUGCAGGUCGUGUUACACACAGAACUGGAACGUAAGUUGCCACACGUGCUGAUGGAGAAAAUCGAUAAAGCUGAGCAGAUCGAGUAUCCAAACGAGAGAAAAACAAAAAUGGGCUUUUUGGAUUUUAUCUUGCGAAAAUGGUUUUGUAACCCGUUCUCUGAUGACGGUAAGCCUCCCAACAAUCAUAAUUUCAGCUGCUCCGCUCAGGUUUACGCAAUCGAAAUGGUAUUAGAAAAUAAUGAAAAUCACUUGGCUGAUGAGAUUGGAAAAGUGAAAGAUCGAUUGAAAACGAUCACCAGCUCGCUUGAAAAUCAACAAACAUUUCUCCGCCUAAUUAUACAGAAAAUGGAAAUUAAAACCGAAGAAGAUGAAGUGGACGAAGGAGUGUCAUCUAAAGAAAUGGCGUUUACAAAUAAUCUAAAUGGAAAAUGGUCUUCACCGAGAGUUAGGACUAAACUUAAAUCGUCUUUUAGUUUUUCUAAAUGCUACACUAAAUAGUUCAAUGUAAUAUUUAGUAGUAAAUAGAUUAAAUAUACCUACAGUGUAUUUUACUGUUUUUUUUCUUAAUACAUUGCCACCCAGCCAUUUUAUUUUGUGCAAUAUAAUGGUAGCUCAUAAUUAUAUAGCUCUACCAUAAUAUGUGGAUCGUGAAACCUAAGUGACACUGGUCCACUAUAACACCAAGUGAUUGGUGGAAGUCGAAGUAUGAUCAUCGGUUGCAUGAAAAUCGUUUUGCACAUAUAGCUAUAGAUGUACAAUAGAUAAUCAUUAUUCAACUUUUAAAAUAUUGAAACAAAUUAGCUCUAUGAAUUGAAACCGUUUUAGUAUAUGUCAAAAAAAUAAAAUUUUACUAAAAAAUAAAAAUAUAAUAAAUGUACCUUUAGAUUUUUAUUAGGUACAGAAAUAAUAUUUAAAAUUAUUCGUAAGCAAAAACUUAUUGACAGUUACCAACUUGGUGAUACGCUCUGUUUGUAUGAUUAUAUAAGUUUAAAUAUUGUUACCUUGCUGUUGAUUAUAAUAUAGUUAUAACUCAAAACCCUUAUUAUUAGUAUUAAUGCCUUUAUGUAUAUUUCACAUAAGUGUCCUCGAAAACAGGGUACACUGUAUAAUUAAAUUACCCAUAUUUCUCAGUACCCUAUAGGUACAUAUUUUUGAGUUCUGUUUGCGGAAAAUGCAACUAGACUAUUGGUUCAUCAAUCUCUCCCAGACAGACGGAAUUAUAAAAUAUGUAUAGGGUACUGAGUAAUGUAGUUGACUGAGUUGUAGAGUAUACCCAGUUUUCACGGACAUAAGGUACUUAUAUAUAUAGCACAGGCGACCACAGUAUUUGUUUAGAGGCGCAUCUUCUAUAUUUUUUAUAACUGCAUAAAACGCAGACCGUAAUUCGAACUAAGGUCCAUUUUUAUUUUUUGGUUUUUUGCAACACGAUUUAUUUGUAAAACAUAUUUUUUUGCUUAAUUUUAAAUUUUAUCUCUUUCUGUUUGUGCGGGUGCCCUUAUAGCCACAUUAUAUGAGUUACCAUUUUAAAGGGCGAUAUCUCUAUAAUUGGUUGGUUUUAUUCAAUUUUAAUUUUAAAAAUAUUUAAGUUCAAUCUUUUUUAAAUAAAUAUUUGUCUAAAAUAAUUAUAGAACAUUUUUUUUUUUUGACUUUAACUAAAAAUUAAUAUUUACGACCAAUAAAUAAUAUCUAUAUACUGAUUACAAUUUAUAUUUUUAACAGUUUAUUUAUAAUUGGUCUAGAUUUUGUGUUUAUAUACGAAUAGAGAUAUGAUUUAAAUAUAAAUUAUUUAGGGUUAUUUUUAAUAAUAUAUUUCAUUAUUUAGGUACAGGAUGAUUAUUUAGUUAAUUGUAGACUUACAGCUUUUGUAGUUCAUAAAUCAGUCAAUAUUUAAAGUUGUAUAUUUCUCUAAAAAAUGGGUAACCAAAAUUGUUUAAGAAAUUAUAUAAUUUAUCAUUAAUCAAAAAAUUGAAGUGCAGCUUAAAUAUUUUAGAAAGCAGAGUGAAUAAUUUUUUUUAACUAUUACAAGAUUAAAGUGUUAUGUAUAACGGUUAAUAAAAACCUAAUUUAUGUAAUCCAGGUAAAUGUUUAGAAAUAACAUUCGUUCUAUAUUGUCUACUGUCUGAUAUUUUUUAUUAUGUUAAUGAUCAUCCUGUACAUGUUUUCAUUUAUUAAAUACAUUAAUGUUCUGUAGUA